GUCAUUGGCAGCAGAGAACUGGAAGGAAAGGCGGCCCAAGGAGGAGUUUGCUUUGGGGGUGACCAGUGAAAUAUAUCUGCUGGAGCGCGUGAUAUGGACCAGCAGUAUUCCCCUUGGUCCCCAUCUCGACACUUCGAUGAAGGCAGACGCCACCCCGUCCCCCCAGCUAGGAACAUGAAGGGCUUAUCGGGCGGUCGCUCCCAGCACCAGAUCCUCUCGCCCCACGGGCUAGACCAGUUCGACUACCCCCAAGACAUCCAUGGCAUGGGUCACCAUGGUGGCGCCUCCAACUCACGCCACACCUCCUACCUGCUCAGCCCCACUGAGAGCUGCCCCAUGGACUACCACCACCGCUACUCACCGCGCAGCUCCAUCCACUCAGACUGCAUGAUGAUGUCCCCCGUCAUGAUGGCGCCCUCGUCAGUCGGCGUUGGCCCCAUCGACCACGUUUCCAGCAGCACCUUCCCCAGAAUGCACUACAGCACCCAAUACUAUGACUCAGCCACGCGGGACGACUGCGCCGCCAUCACUGCCUCCGCCACCUCCCAUGCUGCUGCCACUGACGCUUCAGUCUUGCAGUACCAAGGCAGCGGCAAGAGCAACCGCAUCCCGGCCAAUCUGCUGGACCAGUUUGAGAAGCAGCUGCCGCUGCAUCAUGAUGGCUUCCACACGCUGCAGUACCAGAGGGCGUCAACCACCACCACCACGGAGCAGCGCAGCGAGAGCCCCGGACGCAUCCGCCACCUGGUCCACUCUGUCCAGAAGCUUUUCACAAAGUCCCAUUCCCUGGAGGGAUCGUCCAAGAUGAACGGCACCAAGGGUGAAGGAGGAGGAGGGGGACACCACGGAGGCUCCCAACACGGCCACCAUGGAGGCUCCAAGCACGGCAGCAAGCGGAGCAAGAGCAAAGAGCGCAAGGCGCACCGCUCGGGGGGCGCGGGUGGCUUCUGGAGCUCUGACGACAACCUGGACAGCGACAGCACCUACCGCACGCCCAGCGUCAUGAGCCGUCACCACGGUGACUACGCCCAUGCCGCCCACUGCUACCCGGACUCCAUGCAUCACAGUCACUUUGGGGACAUGUCCCUCAAGACCUCGAAGAGCAACAACGACGUCAAGUGCUCGGCAUGCGAGAGCAUGGCCACAGCUCCGGAGGGGAAGUUUAUGAAGAGAAGUUCCUGGUCUACGCUGACUGUCAGCCAGGCCAAGGAAGCUUACAGGAAGUCCUCCCUCAACCUGGAGAAACCCAUGAUGCACACAGACCUCAAGCCCUCACCACGGGCCUGUCACUAUCUGCAGGUGCCUCAGGAUGAGUGGAGUGGAUACCCGGAGGACGGAGACAAGGACGAGGAGAUCCCAUGUCGGCGGAUGCGCAGCAGCAGCUACGUCAAAGCCAUGGGAGAGGUAGACAAUGACUCUGGUGGCGAAUCUGACGGCAGCCCCAAGUCCUCACCCCAGAAGGCCAUCCGACCCGACGCCCUCGUCCUCAAAUCAGUUAUGCAGAGGCCCCACAUAGACCCCCAAAGCCAGAGCUACCACUUGCAAACCACCCGAGACAUGAUGCGGCCCCAUCCCAGUGUCACCCUGGACCCAGCCUUCAAUUACCCCCAACACCAUGUACCCCUGGGGCCUCAGUUCCGCUCCCGGAACCAGAGCUACAUGCGGGCGGUCAGCACCCUCAGUCAGGCCAGCUGCGUCAGCCAGGUGAGUGAGACUGAGGUCAAUGGCCAGUUUGAGUCAGUUUGCGAGUCCGUUUUUAGCGAAGUAGAAUCCCAGGCCAUGGAGGCUUUGGACCUGCCUGGCUCAUUCCGCACUCGAAGCCACAGUUACCUGCGUGCAAUUCAGGCUGGGUAUUCCCAAGACGACGACUGCUUGCCUUCAAUGACAUCCUCCACUGUCACGUCAACUCUCAGAUCCACAACAGAGGGAUAUGAUAUGCUGGAAGGCACUUCUUUGCUAAACGAGGACAUGAUAGAAGACGACGACGGGGCCAGCUCCUCGGCCUAUGAGGAGUUGGAGCGCCUAGAGAGGGAGAACGCUGUAGCUCGCAGCCAGCACAGCACCAGCUCCACUGUAACUGCCAUUUCUGUCCCCCCGACCUCGCCGCCUGCCUACCGGAUCCCUGAUGCCCCCUCCAUAGCCGCCCCAGAUCCCCCUGUACCUCAGGCCAUCCAGGCCUUUAAAGAGUCCGCCAACAUGGUGGCCGCCUUCAACAUACAGUGGAAAGACGAGAUCUCGGCUAUGCGCUAUGAACUGGCCGAGCUGCGCAGGGACGUGUGCGGCGAACUCAAAACUUUCAACAGCAACUUUUUCAACUUCACCCAGUGCUACAACUUGUGGACGAUGUGCCGCGAGAGCGCCAGUGACAGCUCAACACAGACCGGGGACCGGGUGUCUGUGGGCAUCCAGGCUGGCACCAGCGGGCUCAUCAGGCAGAACACAGAGGACAAGUCUGUCAUGUGCCAGCCUGAACCAGCCCCCUUUAACCUCAUAAACCUGAUGGACCCUCCCCGCAUCGAGAUCACUGGGGAUUCAACGCCAGAGGAGGAAGCCAGUAGCCCCACUAGCUCUCGGCUAUCGGAAGAUUUUUCAACAUGGGACAACAGGGAGCAGAAAAUACGCAAGCGCUCUUCGGGUGGCAGCCGCAGGAGUGCCAGUCUGGAACUGUGGAACAGGAAGUACACCAGUGGGCCCAUGUCAUACCUGUCAAUGUCAUUCUAAUCAUUCCCAUGAUACAACCCAGAAGAAAUACAACAUGAAGGGGUUUCCCCUUAACAACCCCCAGAGAACCAGAACAGGAGCCAAGGCGAAAAACGCACACUAUGUACACAGCAAGACAGGCAGGGCACUAAUGUUGCUGAAUGUCCCUUUACUAUGGAGACAUCUAGUUGUUGGCUUGUCAUUCUCAGAGCAAGUAAUGACCACAUUGAACUAAUCAAUAAUAAGGGUCCUGUAAUGCCAUUAUCAAGGGAUGCCAUUAAUACCUUGGAUUGUGAAAGACGAUUAUUCGAAUGUUACUUCUACAGUCUUGAUCCCUAAGCACCACUGAGUGGCUUUCAGCACCUCUCUAACUAGGCUUCUGUGCAUCAGAUAUUUAAAAAGUGUCUUGUGUGACACUGAGUCAACAGUUUGACUGUUUGAGAUCAGCAGAUGAGGAGGUUGGUGCUCAAUCCACCUUAAAUAGACAGGGAAUGUACUCUCUCAUCUGCGCUUAUGUAAGGUAGCUUAUAGCAUGUAGCCAUUCCAUGAGGUGAGGUUUAAAAGCCUUGACACCACUAAGACUAAUUGAAUGCACAAAAUGACUUUAUAUAUGUUUGUAAUUUAAAUAUACGAAUUGAAUAUAACGGCCUAGUAACUUUUCAGUCCCCUAAUCAUAGGUCCUAUCCCAUCCCUUUGGUUACACCAAUCGGAUCCUUUUAAAUCUGAGAACAACAAAGAAGUAGGAGCUAGGCAACGGGACUAGGAAACAUUAUGAAACCGGCGACAGAUAACAGACUGCAAAUCUGCAUGCAUCUGAAUUAAAGAGAAAAAAUUGUCACAAAACUUCAACCCUAGACUUGUUUGGUAUUAACUGAGCCAUGAAAUUCCAGUAAUGUGGUGGCUUGUUUCUUAACCUUAUUCAUUCCAGUUUCUUCUCAUGUAGAAACCUAAGCACCUGAUUAUACUGAAAUGAUACUGUGAAUAACUUUUUAAAUCCCAAUUUGUAAUGAUUAAAUCAAAAAGAAAGAUCAUAUUUGUGAAUAGGUAGAUUCAAUGUAAAGUAAAUCAAAUCUAUAACCAUUCCCUAACCAUUCCCUGUGUCAACGUACAAAUGUAUAUUUUUCAGUAACAUUUUGUGUAGUUAGUUCAUGAAAAUGGGCAUUUUGAAAGCCCUAAAUCUUAUUUUGAUUGGAGAAAAAGGGAACAGUAGAAUGUACAAAAGCUGUAUACACCUUAUAGCCUAAUAUUGAAAUUAUUCUCAGUUUUUGCAACAAAAUAGGAGAUAAUUCUAAUUUCAUUCAAUGAUGUUACCGUAUUAUAUCUAACAUUCAUUAAGCAAUUUAAAGUGUAGUGUUUCAAUUUUAAAAUAUUUCCUGAUUUUACAUAACUUACCAUUUUAAGGCAGCAAGGUAACUCCUACAUUUUAGUUAGCCAGCUGCCUUAACUAAAAAAAGGUUUACGUUAACUCAGUAUUCAUUGCAUUGUAAUAUACAUAAGUCAUACAACUUAACAUUUAAAGUUAGACAUUUAAUAUUUUUAAGUUGAAACAGCUAACAUGUUUAAUUUUAGUUAACCCAACAUUUUUCUCAAAUUUAAAAUCUAAAGAAAUGAACAAAAAUCUUGCAAUUUUAUUCCAGUGUCCAACAAAGAGGAACUAAGUCUGCAUUUACACAGUCAGCCCAAUCUUCAUCUUUUGCCUAAUUAUUGUCAGUAGAUCUGUUCUGAUUGGUCAAAAGAUCAGAAUUGGGCUGUCUGUGUAAACGCAGCCUAAGAGACCACACAAAUGACCGUGACUAGCCAGGGUUUAGCAUUAUCUGAGUAUGAAUGUAUCAGCUUAACUUCAUUCCAGCACAAGCUAUGUUACAUGUUUCAACCCUAUGUGUGUAUAUACACGUAUACUGAACAAAUAUAUGAACGCAACAUGUAACGUGUUGGUACCAUGUUUCAUGAGCUGAAAUAAAAGAUCCCCGAAAUGUUACAUUUAAAGUUUAUUUCGCUCAAAUUUCACGCACAAUUUUUUAAAACAUCCCUGUUAGUGAGCAUUUCUCCUUUACCAAGAUAAUCCAUCCACCUGACAAGUGUGGCAUAUCAAGAAGAUGAUUAAACAGCAUGAUCAUUACACAGGUGCACCUUGUGCUGGGGACAAUAAAAGGCCACUCUACAUUGUGCAGUUUUGUCACACAACACAAUGCCACAGAUGAAUGUGCAAUUGGCCUGCUGACUGCAGGAAUGUCCACCAGAGCUGUUGCCAGAGAAUUUAAUGUUACUUUCUCUACUAUAAGCCGCCUCCAACGUAGUUUUAGAGAAUUUGGCAGUACGUCCAACCGGCUUAACAAACCGGCAUACCACGUGUAACCACGCCAGCCCAUGACCUCUACAUCCGGCUUCAUCACCUGUGGGAUCGUCUGAAACCAGCCACCUGGACAGCUGAUGAAACGGAGGGGUAUUUCUGUCUGUAUUUCUGUCCCCCCUUUUGUGGGGAAAAUGAAUUCUGAUUGGCUGGGUCUGGCUCCCCAGUGGGUAGGCCUGGCUCCCAAGUGGGUGGGCCUAUGCAUUCCCUGGCACACCCAUGGCCGUGCCCCUGCCUAGUCAUGUGAAAUCCACAGAUUAGAGCCUAAUCAAUUUAUUUCAAUUGACUGAUUUACUUAUAUGAACUGUAACUCAGUAAAAUCACUGAAAUCGUAGCAUGUUGCAUUUAAAUUUUUGUUCAGUAUACUAUUUUUGUAAAGACAUAAAAUGAUUGCAUAUAUUCCAAGUUUAGGACAUUCAUAAGAUUGUGACCAUACUGUGUUCUUACAUUACACCUCUAAGAGGGCUUAACACAAGCUAAACUCGUAACUAUCUUACAUGGUCCUAAAUCAACCACUGCACCUUUGACCCAGUGGAGUUUCAUUCAUUACUCAAAUGCAUCACCGUCUAGUGUGUUAUAUGUCUUAAACAUCUCCUAUUCAGUCCUCGGCAAUGAGACAAUCAGAGGGCAUAGUUGCCCUAUACCUCUUCCUCAAUGUUUCCAGAGGUAUGUGAUGCUAUUGUACUCCUGAAUGUACUAACACCGCCUUCACUAGUGAUGGCCAAGCCAGGCUCUAUGGAAACCUUAAAAGGUGGAGUCCUCAAUUAUCUUCUUUUAAGUGUUUCUAAAAAUAUAUAUAUAUUUGAUUGGUCAUGACCCAGUCACGUGACACACAUAACCACUCAUCCCAUCCAUUGUCACAUCAUACCAACAUGGCUUAUCAAUGUAAUGGUUGGGGGCUUAUGGAAACUUUGUCCACCUGAAACCACUCCAAGUUCCACAGCGCUUCUAUACAUGGACGUACCCUCCAGAGCAGGAAUGUUACAGAGGCAUGUGCAAAUGACACCACUAAGCUAAAUCCCUCAAAUACUUUAUACAGAUGAGAUGGUUCACCCUACAGAUGUUUUACUUCAUCUGGAAAGUGCAUCUUUUUAUUUUACAAUUUUUUUCAUGACCAAAAUACAUUACUUGAGAAACACAUGGCACUUUGGAAUUAUGACAUUUACACCAAGUGUACCAGAAAAAGGAUGUUGAAAAGAUGAUAACAGCCACAACAAUAUAAGAUAAUAGAUAUUAUUUACCCACCUGGCUACUGUAACUCAAUGGGCCCAAGAUCUUUGACCUUGCAGUGGAUUGUUUUUUGUCCUUGACUUGUUACAGUACCACACCACCUGUUGGAUGUCUAUAGGAUUGUUGGGCUGACAGUGGUCCAUCCUGUCAUAGAAAACAAACAACUUCCACUGUAACUAUACCAGUUUUUCUCUUUGCAAUACAGGAGUAACAAUAUACACAUUUCAUAAUUUUUUUCCCGAUUGUUGUUGACCCAGAUUUCCAAAACAAAAAGGAUCUUGAAUGUUCUCUGAAUGUGUUCCCCAUGAGAAAAUAGCCAUGGGUUGGCUGACAUUUCCUGUUGUUUAAGAGGAUAAAUAAGACUGAGAGCAUCACACAAAUCAACAGUUACAAUUUGAAUCUAUUAAUUAUUUCAUGAAAAAAGAAAAGGAAAAACGGACUGGUCUUAUAAACACUAGCAUUCAUAUUUUCCUCUUUUCGCUCGGAAUGACAAAGAGGACAGAAUGCAGUGGCUUCCUCUCCAUCCUUUCCAGUCUAGGGAGGGAGACUGAUAAUAAGGUGCUGAAUCUAUGAUGGGGGCAGGUUAACUCUUGAUAUAUCUCAAAACUACAUUCAUUCAUUCUAUGCAAGUCCUAUGUCCUUUUCUGUUGUUUUGUUUCAGGUUAUGGUCAGUUUUGAAUUUGUUAUUAGGUCUUUGGGUUUGUUUUCCUCAUACAAGUCUUUAACACUGGAAAGUACAUAUCAUGAACAAAUGAAUUGUGCAGAGGCAUUAAUGGUAGAGAAUAUGUUGCAUGAAACUCAGGCAAUGCAUAUUCAUUUUGUUGCUUUUUUUUAAAGAUCUUGAUGUACAAAAUGUGUGAUAUUUUUUAUUAUUGUCAACUAUUGAUAUAAUGUCAUAUCAGUUAGCAAGAAAGAUAGAAAGUACGAUUCACAAUUAUUGCAUCAUGUAGUCAGAAAUUACAACAUUCCACCCAGAAUUACUUGAAAUGUAGCAAAGUGCUGAGAAUAAUAUUUAUAUUUGGUCAGGAAAACAUUGGGCGAAGAAUUGUACCUCGAUUACAAAUAAUAAAAGUAAAAAGAUGUUGGCAGAGGUAUGUCUUUUCAAAUUGUAUUUGUGUCAUGAAAACUUAUCAUGACCUCUUUUGAGUAAUGGGACCAUAUUAAUUAUAUCAUAUCUGAUCUGUUUAUUUCCAGUUAUGCUGCUACUUACUUAAUGGGCCCCCGACAUCUUUGUUUUUAUUUAGACGUCUUAUUGCUGUACAGAGACCUGACACAAAUACUGUGCUGCCCCUUUGAUGGCCAGUCUUGGAGUCCAU